UCUCUCUCUCUCUCUCUCUCUCUCUCUCUCUCCAAAUUCUGACCGGCCCAUAGAUUAUGAAGCUCGUUUGGUCCCCAGAAACAGCUUCCAAAGCUUACUUAGACACUGUCAAAUCAUGUGAGAAAUUUAGAGAAUCUGGUGUUGCCGAGCUACUCUCUGCCAUGGCGGCCGGCUGGAACGCAAAGCUAAUCGUCGAAGCGUGGUCCUACGGUAAUCCGAUCGCCAUCAGCCUUGGCCUGGCCACGGCAGCCCGCCACACGUGCGGACGGCACGUUUGUGUAGUCCCCGACGAACGUUCGAGGGUGGAGUACUUAAAGGCCAUGCGUAACGCACCGGUACUGCCGGAGGUGGUGGUUGGAGAGUCAGACGUGGCGACGGCGGGAGUUGAUUUCUUGGUGGUUGACUGCAGCCAGAGGGAGUUCGUUAGGGUUUUAAGGACUGCCAAGGUGAGCCCUAGAGGGGCGGUUUUUGCAUGCAAGAAUGCUUGGCAGAGACACGUAAAAGGGUUCAGAUGGCACGGUGUGGUGGAGAGAGGAACUCGUGUGGUGAGGUCGGUGUUUUUGCCGGUGGGUAAAGGAUUGGAUAUUGCUCAUAUAGGGUACGGCGGCGGAACUGUGUGACCGAUCAGUACUAUUAGAAAGGGUCCUGGCCGUUGGAUCAAGCAUAUUGAUCACCGGUCCGGCGAGGAGCACUUGUUCCGGGAGUGAGUGCGAAGUUUCCAAUCAGUGAUCUCCGGACUUAUCAGAGGGUCUAAAUUGGUGUGUAAUAUAAGGAUGAAGUAGAAUGCGAAAGUGAAUUGCUUAGUGCUUGAAAAAUAAAUAAAAAUCUACAAGCAGCUAACAGUUCACUUCUUCUGUUGAUCUCACACUGUUAUGAUUGGAACCCCAAUGAAGAUAAUUUUGUGAGAGAAUUAGGUAUUUAUAUGUAUCUUGUAGUAAUUUUGUUUAAUAAAAUCAGGUCAUCUCUGUA